AUGAAAUCGGACUGCGCCACGGACCUGCGCCGCAUCUUUCACGGGGUGGUCUCCACCGUCGGGGCCUUAGAGGGUAUCGGUCGCCCAAUCUCCAGCGGAGCUGACCUGUUCGUACACAUGGUGGUCGAACUGCUCGACCCCAAAACCCGGCGCGAGUGGGAGGGCUCGCUCAGCAAAUCCUCGGAGCCGCCAUCAUACGACGAGCUUCGCGACUUUCUCCAGGAGCAGCUCAUGACGCAGGAGGUGCUGCAAGUCGUUAAGGUCGACUCAACGUCAGGAAAGCCCGCUCGCACCGCCCGUGCCCUUCACGCGCGGAGUCGAGGGUUGGAAUCGGGCCAUAACUGCCCACUCUGCAAAAAGGAACACUAUAUUGCGUAUUGCGAACAAUAUAAGGCAAAGUCGGCCCAAGAACGUCGGGAUACGGUAAAUAAACACCAACGAUGCCUGAACUGUCUCGGUCGCCACCUCGUUGGUUCGUGUUCAUCAAACAAAACAUGUAAUAAAUGCUCGGAUCGCCAUCACUCGUCCCUGCACGACGCGUUCGCGGUCGCGCCCUUGUCGGCCGCCUUGCCCUCCGCAUCGACGACUGUACACUCCGCUAAACACUCGUCCACGAGCCACGGUCCGGUGCUGCUCGCGACCGCUCGCGUCCUGGUAGUCGGUCGAGACGGUGCCCAUCAUGCCGCUCGCGCGUUAGUCGACCCGGGGUCCGAGACGUCGCUGAUCACCGAGUCUUUGGCCCAGCGACUCCGCGUACCGCGUACGCCGUCCGCCGUGGCCAUUUUCGGAGUCGGCGGCACUCAAACGGGUUGGUCGCGGGGCCGUGUCACAGUGACGGUCACUGCGCGUUCAGGCAACUUUGCACUCGCGAUGUCCCCGCUGAUACUGCCUCAACUGUCCGUAUACAACGGCCCAGAGGGGACCGGGGUUAGGUCGUGGGCUCACGCUGCCGGACUCGAACUUGCGGACCCCGAUUUCACAGGCCAAGAUCCGGUGGAACUCCUGCUCGGAGCUGAGGCGUACGCCAGCAUAAUACUUCCUGAACUCCGCCGGGGAGGGCCCUCAGAGCCCGUCGCUCAGCGGACGCACCUCGGCUGGAUCUUGUUGGGAGCCGUGGGACCCAAGCACGCCGCCUCCGUGGUCACCUCCCUGCAGUGCUCCGUGGCCGACGACCUGCCUAGUCUCGUCCGCCGCUUCUGGGAGUGGGAGGAAGCGCCGAGCGCUGACGUACCGCUAUCCACCGACGAGCAAGCGUGCGAGAACCACUUCGCACAGACGCAUCAACGCCUGGCAGACGGUCGCUUUCAGGUCCGGCUGCCUUUACGCCGGGAGCUACCGGAUCUUUCCACCACGCGUCGUGCUGCGUCUCACAUGCUCGACGUUAUGCAGCGAAGGUUUGGACGCGAUCCCGCCUUCCGCGAUCGCUAUCAGAAUUUCAUGGCCGAGUAUCUGAGCUUGGGCCACAUGUCACCGAGCGCGUCGCUGUCAGUGGCCUCUGACACCCGCUCGUGUUACCUGCCGCACCACGGCGUGAUGAAAGGCUUGGGCACCGACGCGAAGAUUCGAGUCGUAUUCAAUGGAUCGUCCCGAGCCGCGACGGGAGCCUCCUUGAAUGACUGCCUGCACACGGAGCCCAACCUACUUCCGUCUCUCGCGGAUGUCGUGACCCGCUGGAGACGUCACCAAUACGUCUUCGUAGCCGACAUCGAGAAGAUGUACCGGCAGAUCGUAGUGCAUCCAGACGACCGGUACCUGCAGCGGAUCCUAUGGACAGAAGGCAAGCAAGUGACUAACUAUUGCCUGAAUACAGUUACCUACGGCCUGGCAAGCGCACCUUACCUCGCCCUCCGCGUAUUGCGCCAGCUUGCGAGCGACGAGUCGAACCGCUUCCCGCUGGGCGCGGAGGUACUUAAGCGGGACGUUUACAUGGAUGACAUCCUCGGUGGAGCCGCCACUCUGGAGACCUGUCAGCAACUCAGGCAUCAGGUAUCUAUGCUAUGCACGGCGGGCGGCUUCCCACUGAGGAAGUGGGCCGCGAAUCGUGCUUCACUCCUUGCGGACGUCCCCUCGGCUCAUCAGCUGCUGCGUUCGACGGACGCGUUGCUACCGUCAGCGGAACACUCGGUGCUGGGCUUGCGCUGGAGCCCAGAGGACGAUCACUUGUCCUUGACGGUCCGGCGAUCGGACAGCGCCGCUCCAACAAAGCGCACGAUUCUGUCCCAGACAGCGCGGCUUUUUGACCCUCUAGGUUGGCUGGCACCGAUCGUCGUCAGGGCGAAGCUCCUCAUCCAGACUACGUGGCUGCAACAGCUGGACUGGGAUGCCCCCCUGGCCACGGAGGAGGCUGCCGCUUGGGCCAGACUGGAGGGGGAACUCCCGAUCCUGGAGGAAAUUAAGAUUCCGCGUUGGUUCCAUUGCAAUGCCUCUGUCGACACCAUCGAGAUCCACGGCUUCUCGGAUGCCUCCGAACGAGCCUGCGCGGCCGUCUACUUGCGCGUCGUUAACGCCGGCGAAGCCUACAUCUCGCUCGUGAUGGCAAAGACAAAAGUCGCUCCUCUCAAGCGGGUCUCCUUGCCACGGCUGGAGCUCUGCGCUGCGUCCCUGUUGGCGAAGCUGAUCGGGCACCUACAGACGUCGCUCGAGUGGAACGCGGUCCCCACGUUCUUGUGGACGGACUCCACCGUCACGUUGGCCUGGAUUCGUGGCCAUCCUGCCAAGUGGACGACCUACGUGGCAAACAGGGUGGCGGAGAUCCAGCGGUUAACCAGGGACGCGAUGUGGAGGCACGUGCCGGGGGCAGACAAUCCGGCGGACUGUGCAUCUCGAGGGAUCUCACCGCGAGAGCUGUCGGUGCACCCCCUGUGGUGGCAGGGGCCGGGCUUUCUCAGGGGGGAUCCAACCUCAUGGCCGAAGGAUCCUAGCUUGCCGGAGCAACCCGAACUGCCCGAGCAACGCACCGUCCGGUGCCUCGUAGUCGCCGAGGUGGAGGAACCCGAGGAGUUGACGAGGUUCUCGUCGCUUCGUCGUCUGCUGCGCGUCUCAGCCUGGGUCUGGCGUUGGUGGUCACGCCGUAGGGCCGUCGACUGCGAUGGACUGGCGAGGGACCUGCCGCCAACCUUGAGCCCGGACGAAAUCGACGCGGCGCUUACCCGAUGGAUACACGUAGUGCAGGCGACAACUUUCCUGCGGGAGUUGGGGGCUGUCCGAGCUGGCCGCCCGGUGUCAGGGCCGCUCCGUAAACUCACGCCCUUUCUCGAUGAUAAGGGAAUCCUACGAGUCGGAGGAAGAAUCAAGCACGCGUUAUUGGAUCAGGAUCAACGACAUCCGGUCAUACUGCCGCCCCUGACACACUCGCACCUGACUCACCUUGUCAUCGACCUCAAUCACAGCCGCACCCUCCACGGCGGAACGCAGGCCACGCUGGCUGCCAUCCGACAACGUUAUUGGGUGCCUCGAGGUCGUCAGCUGGUCCAUAUCCAUCGGUGUACUACAUGCGUCCGAUGGCGGGCGGCAUCCCCACAACCGUUGAUGGGCAACCUACCUGGCGCUCGGGUCAACCCUAGCCGGCCGUUUUUGCACACCGGCGUAGAUUUCGCCGGUCCGAUUCUAUGGCGGACGUCCAAGGGCCGAGGACACAAAGCCUACAAGGCUUUCCUGGCAGUUUUUGUUUGUUUCACCACACGGGCCGUUCACUUAGAAGCAGUCAGCGAUUAUACGGCCGACGCGUUCCUCGCCGCCUUUCGGCGAUUCAUAUCUCGCCGGGGAGCCUGCCAGUCGGUGUACAGCGACUGCGGGAUCAACUUUGUCGGGGCCGACUCGCAGCUGCGAGCCAUGUUCCGGGAGGCCGGCCGCGAGACUCAUCGGAUUAUCGGGCGCCUAGCCGACUAUGGUAUCCGGUGGCAAUUUAAUCCCCCGGCUGCGCCGCACUUUGGCGGGUUGUCGAGGCAUGGCCUCAACUCGCACCCGCUUCAAACCUUGACGGACGACCCCGAGGACCUUAGCGCACUAACUCCCGGACACUUCCUGAUCGGUGAGCCGCUCAACGCCAUACCGGAACCGGCGCUCCUCGACGUGCCACCGAACCGGCUGAGCAAUUGGCGGCUGUUGCAGCAGAUGCGGGAUCACCUGUGGCAACGGUGGUCCCGCGAACAUUUGCAGGCUCUCACGCCACGGCCGAAAUGGUGGACCACUAGCGGCGGCCUGAAGGAGGGACAACUGUGCCUUCUAAAGAAUGAGCUGAUACCACCAUGCCGCUGGCCCCUUGCCCGCAUCGUACGGCUGUACGCUGGAGAGGACAACCAGGUGCGAGUGGUAGACGUUCGGACGGCUACCGGCCGGCUAACCCGACCGGUGGUCAAAAUCGUGCCUCUGCCGCCUGCCGACACCGCGCCUCAGGGACCGUAUCAUCGCGUCCGACAUCGCCUCUGCGUUGGGGCUGCUCGCCGAGUCUCCGCCGCCUUGAACUACGCGCGAUUGACUCGCGCUAAAGCUAUCCCGAUCGAUGGAUCGCGGCGUCACGAGCGUGCCCUAACCUCGAAUCGGUGCUGUCAUUUCGUCGAUCGCGAUCCAACGAGGCGGGCGGAAUGUUUGAAAACAAAGGAUGCGACAGCGCUAGCGUGGGCAUGCGGCCCCAAAGCGCCGAAGUUCCUCUCGCCUCAUUUCGAGAGUUGGCGCGAGUAG